GGCAAUAAAGAGAUGAGCUGCUUGGUAAAUAUAGUGAGCAAAUUAAAUUAUUGUGCAGUGAUAAGAUUGCUAGGAAAGUAGCCUAGACACGCUAGUGAAACCUGUUUUAACUUCCCCUUUGUGAGCAUGCGUAAAAAUGUAAAAAUACACACUUUAUUGUCCUUUGCAGAAAUAUUUCACAGACCUCCUUUACUCAAGUUCUUGUGCAUCAGCACCAGCGAUUGUUUAAUUUUACUUGCGAUGCUCCAUUUUCAGGUGUUGAAUUAUUGAUUGGCUUUCUGUCUCAGGUUAGUUGAAGUUAUGCACAAAACAGUUUAAAUCCAGACACACGAGAAUAGAUUUUAAAUACAUGUCAGUAGUUCACAGAAUAAAAUAACAUUAAUUUUACUCAAACAUGUAUCUAUAAAAAGUAAAAUCAGAGAAACGGAUCAUUUUAAGUGGUUUCUUAAUUCUUGUCAGAGCUGUAAAUAUUGAAAGUUGGCUACAGUUGUAUAUAUUUUUAUCAAAAUCUGUAAUUCUGGGACACAGUGACAAUUUCUUUUCAGGUUAAGAACAUAAAAUCAGUGGGUAAAUUAAGAGAAACCUUCUCACUAAUAUUAACAACGCAGGAUGCAUGUCUGGUUGAACGCAGUUUUGCUUCUGGCAGCCUUGAUCCUCUGCUGCUCUUCAUCGGACACAAACAGAUUGUGGGACGACUGGAGAACUCAACACGGCAAAGCUUAUGACAAUCAAACUGAGCUGAACUUCAGGCGAACAGUGUGGGAGAAAAACCUGCUGUUGUUGCUAAGACACAACCAGGAGGCUUCAGCAGGAAAACACAGCUUCACUCUGGGACUGAAUCAUCUCGCUGACAUGACAGCGGAGGAGAUUAAUGAGAGGCUGAACGGUUUGAAGGUGGAGGAGCCUCUCCAUCUCAGGAAUGACACGUUCAGGGACAUAAAUGACUCAUCACUUCCUACAAGUGUUGACUGGAGGACAAGCGGACUGGUCGGUCCCGUCAGAAACCAGGGCUUGUGUGGCUCAUGCUGGGCCUUCAGUGCUCUGGGAGCUCUGGAGGGGCAGAUGAAGAAGCGAACGGGCGUCCUCGUGAUGCUGAGUCCACAGAACCUGGUGGACUGCAGCGCUAAGGAGGGAAACCUCGGCUGCAGGGGAGGGUACAUCACCAAGGCCUUCAGCUACAUCAUUCACAACGGAGGCGUGGACUCAGAGAGCUCGUACCCCUACGAACAUCAGAAUGGAAAAUGCCGCUACUCGCUCCAAGGGAAGGCGGCUCACUGCUCCAACUUUCACGUCCUUCCACGGGGGAACGAGUUGGCUCUGCAGGCUGCAGUGGCAUCGGUGGGACCAGUUGCUGUGGCUGUGAACGCCAUGCUGCCGUCUUUCCAUAUGUAUAAAGGAGGUUUAUACAACGCGCCUGACUGUAACCCAAAGCUAAUCAAUCACGCUGUAUUGGUUGUGGGCUACGGCACAGACACAGGACAGGACUACUGGCUAGUGAAAAACAGUUGGGGAACGGCUUGGGGAGAAAGUGGAUUUAUCCGGAUUGCGAGGAACAAGAAAAAUCUCUGCGGUAUUGCAACGUUAGCAGUCUACCCAACGCUCUGAAGUCAACUGAGAUUUAUUCUGUUUUAAUUUUUUCUAAAGAAGCACACUGUGCCGUCAGAGCACUACAGAAUCUACUGACAACACUGUUGGGUAAAAAGGCUCUAAAGGCCAAUAUAAUAAAGUUUUAAAGGAUUCUGUUCUACUCAGUGCUGCAGGUGGGAGCAUUAGGUUCAAAUCCUGCACUGGGGUCUUUCUGUUGCUGGUUUGCAUGUUUUUCCUCUGCAUGUGUCGGUUUUCUUCAUGUAUUCCAGCUGGGAAAAAAACAUGUUAGGUUAAUUAGUCUUGGUUGUGUGUAUUUGUGAUGAACUGGCGACUUGUCCAGGGCGUAUCUUGCUCACCAGCCCUGCAAGGACCAGUGGGUGUGGACAAUGAGUGGAUGUUAGCUUUACAUCUAAACUGCUAAAAUGCUCUGCAGAUGGAACAGAAGCAUAUUCAAUUAUAAAAUUAGUAUCUGGACUUUAUAAAACUGGACCAUCAAACUUGACAGAUUUGGUUUGACAUUUUCUGAAUCCCAAUUUUUGCUGUUAACGCUUGUUAUGUGCCGGGAAUGACAAUUUUUCCAACACACCGCUAUUUCUAAGUACAGAUAAAAUACUACAAAAGGUUGAGAGUAAAUUCUUGAUUUUUUGAGGUUGUUGUUUUUUUUAAUCAAAUUAUUCUGCGUACAUGGAACUCACAAAAACUCCCUUGUCCCCACUGACAAGAAACUUCCCUGUUUGUCUUUAUUUAUACAAACCCAUCAGUUUAGAUCUAGACUGCAAUGUAAUUUAUGAUUUCAUCUGAUGCACAAACACAAUGUAGCACAUUAUAUCAAAGUCAAAGGAAAAGAAUACAUUGUUUUUAAAAGACUUUGUAUGAAUAAAACUCUGAAAAGUG